CAUCAGCGCCCCCUCUGCUCCGCGCCCCCUCUGCUCCGAACAUGCGCGCCGCCACUGCCGAGACUACGCUGACUGCCGAGACUACGCUGACUGUGUUUGAUGAGACGGUGUACCCUUCUGUGUCUGUGGCGCGCUUCAAGUUCGGUCGAGCAAUGAGCCCAUUGCGCGUCCGUACGCCCUCGCUGUCCCCGCUCCCGGGCCGGCCUGGCGCCCGCAACGGGCCGGAUGGAGGUAGUCUUGUGCCUGACAUAUCAUAAUUCCCUGGAUCGCUUCGCUCAGGGGGCUCAGCCCAAAAACGUAUGGGAACGAACAAAUGGCCAGGGUUCCUGCAACGAAAAGCAGCUGACCCCAGCUGAUCCCCAGUCCCAUGAAAAAUGGAUACCAUCGGCUUUCAUUCAGACCCCGUGUAUUCCCAUACGUCCCCUUCCGCUGCAUGAAAAAGGCCGUGCAUGGUGCUCUAUUGCGAGAUGCUUGAAGCAGGGAAGGCUUGAACUUGCCAGCAGGCUGUAACGUAGCAGCGAC